CGCAACCACGCUAGCCAAUCACACGGCAGAAUCGAACAUGGCGGAAUCAGAAAUAAACGGCAGCAGCCGGGAAUUAUGGGCUAUCCUACUGGGAAAAUCUGCAUUUAAGGAUCCGGUUGAGAUAGAGAAAGUGCUUGACAGACACAUGGACAAACUGCGUCAAGGUCUUGGUUACUACAAGCGACCCAGUGCAACGUCUGCUGGGAAAGUCAGGGAGAACAAAGAUAUUUCACAAGCAUGGAAGGAUUUUGGUCUGAGAAUCAGUAAACACUUGGCUCUAGAUGAGCAGCAGAGUGUGCAGCUUUUACUGUGCUAUUUAUCAGAGGACUACAGAGGAACCCGUGGUUCUAUACAGGAUGUUCUCAAGGAUGAGCGACAAAGCCAAGCACUACUGCUGAAGGUAGCUGACUAUUACUAUGAAGAGCGCACAUAUCUACUCCGCUGUGUCCUGCUGUUCCUCACAUACUUUCAAGAUGAACGACAUAUCUACAGGACGGAGUACAGUAUUUGUGUAAAUAAACUAGAGAAGGACCUGAUCAGUAAUUGCCAGUCACAGUUUGAGGAGCUUUUCAAAGCAGAGGCACCAACCUGGGAAACUCAUGGAAACCUCAUGACAGAGAGGCAGGUGUCUCAGUGGUUUCUGCAGUGCCUGAGAGAGCAGUCUCUGCUGCUCGAAAUCAUUUUCCUGUACUUUGCCUAUUAUGAGAUGAGUCCAGCUGACCUACUGAGCUUCACCAAGAUGUUCAAGGAACAGGGUUUUGGUUUACGACAGACCAACAAACAUCUGCUGGACAAGAGCAUGGAUGCGCUUGUUGACCGCAUUGGAUACGUGAGCUCCCUCAUCCUGGUUGAGGGAAUGGACAUAGACUUCCUCCACAAGUGUGCCCUAGGAGACUGUACGGAGCAGCAUCAGCUCUCUAGUGCCCCUGAAGUUAUGAAGGAGAUGAACCAACUCCUACUGACAUUUGGUGACAUUCCUCAUCAUGGCCCAGUGCUGCUGGCCUGGGUCUUACUCAGGUUCACACUCAGACCAGAUGAGUCCAGCCCAGUGAUCAGGAGGUUAGGCAGCAACGCCCUGCAGCUGGGAGUAUUCCAGUACCUUUCCACUAUGCUGAAAGGUCUUGGAGUGUCAUCAAAUAAUUCCACAGCAAGCACAGCAAAGAUGUGCAUCUACAGCCUCCUUUGCUUUGUUGUCACAUCUUUUGAAGAAGAAUGCCUACAGACUGAUGGUGCAACUCAUGGCUCCCACCUGAUUGAUGUUGCCUGUGAGGUGCUUUCAUCUCCCAGUCUGGCUGAAAUAUUUUGGGAAACGAAGCCAAACAUGGGAUUGGGAAUGAUUCUGGACAGCGCUGUUGGGAUAUUCCCUCACAAGAUUAGGCCGCUGUUACAGCUUCUAUCUGCCCUUCUGUCAAAUAAGUCGGCUGUUAAAAGGGUGUACAACUUUUUGGAUAAGAUGUCCUGCUAUGUACAGGUUUACAAGCAGAAACCCGACGAUGUGAUCUUCAAUGAUGAUUACACACUAUGGAGGAGACGGACACAAAAACGUCUUUACCCUUUUGGCACUGGGCAGACUAACCUGUGGAUGCCACAGGGACUGCUUGGUCAGGUGAUGAUCGGGGGCGAACAGGGCUACAUGGUUCGUUGGGACUACUCUUAUAGCUCCUGGACACUCUUCACCUGUGAGGUGGAGAUGCUGCUUCAUGUGGUUUCUACUGCAGAUGUUUUAGCUCACUGUGCACGUGUCAAACCCAUUCUGGAUCUGGUCCAUAAGAUCAUGAGCACAGACUGGACUGUGUCAGACUGUUUGCUGCCUCUCACAUCACGCAUUUACAUGUUGCUGCAGAGGUUAACAUCAGUUGUCGAUCCUCCAGUGGAUGUAAUUGCAUCCUGUGUGAACUGCCUUGCUGUCAUGGCUGCAAGGGCACCUGGAAAGGUGUGGUCCAGUCUUCACCACACGGGUUUCCUCCCCUUUGCCUCCAGUCCAUUGACCACCAUGGCUCAGUGUAUCAGUGCUGAAGGAAUGAAUGCAGGUAACUAUGGUAACCUGUUGGUUCAAAUUGAGCAGCCAAAAGGAGAGUAUGCCGUGGCCAUCGCCUUCCUUCGUCUCAUCACAACCCUGGUGAAGGGCCACCUGGACAGCACCCACAACAAAGGCCUGAUCCCUUGUGUACUGCUGGUAUUAAAGGAAAUGCUGCCCACAUACCACAAGUGGCGUUACAACACCUAUGGAGUCAGAGAGAGAAUAGGUGGUCUUAUUUUGGAGUUGAUUCAUGCCAUUCUCAAUCUGAAUCCAGAGGGAGAGGAUCAGGGCAGCACGCCCACCCUGCAGUCUAUGUGUAUCUAUAGCCUGGCAAAUACUGAGGCUGGUCAGGCAGUGGUCACUAUCAUGGGAGUAGGUGUGGACACCAUUGAUGCUGUCUUGGCUGCACAGCACAACAGUGUGGACUCCGAUGGUCCAGGUCAGAACCUGAUCCAGACAGUCAAACUGGCCUUCUCUGUCACAAACAACAUCAUCCGUCUAAAGCCACCAUCUGAUGUCGUUUCCCCUCUGGAGCAGGCCCUAACACAACAUGGUGGCCACGGCAACAAUCUCAUAGUUGUCUUGGCCAAGUACAUUUACCACAAACAUGAUCCAGCGCUGCCUCGUCUGGCAGUCCAACUGCUCAAAAGGCUUGCUAUGGUGGCUCCCAUGUCGGUAUACGCCUGCCUUGGCAGUGACGCAGCGGCCAUCAGAGAUGCAUUUCUUACUCGGCUGCAAAAGCAAACAGAAGAAACAAGGAACAAAGUCAUGAUCCUUGACUUUCUCACAGUUGCUGUGGAAACUCAGCCGGGUCUCAUUGAGCUCUUCCUCAACCUGGAAGUGAAAGACGGCAGUGAGGGUGUGAAGGAGUUUCAGCUUGGUGACUGCAGCUGUCUUCAUGUGGUGUUGAACCUGAUUGACUCCAAACAACAGGGGCCAUAUUGGUGUCCUCCUCUGCUCCACCGAGCUGCUCUCGCCUUUCUUCUUGCCCUUUGGCAAGAUCGAAGAGAGAGUGCCAUCUCUGUCUUGCGCACCAAAGAGAGGUUUUGGGAGAAUUUGACAGCUCCACUCUUUGGAACAGUCACCUCACCUUCAGACACCACAGAGCCCUGUGUUCUGGAGACCUGUGCCUUUGUCAUGAAAAUCGUUGGCUUGGAGAUCUAUGUUGUAAGUGGCUCCUUGCAGCAGUCUCUGAAGGAUGCACUGCAGAAGUUCUCCAGUGGACGGCGCUAUGAGUACUGGUCCCAGUAUGUCAAGUCUUUGGUGUGCCAUGUUGCAGAGAGUGAAGAGGACAUCUGCUAUUUACCUGAAUCCCAGAUAUUAGUCUCUGCCUGGCGGAUGCUGCUGAUUCUUUCCACUAGCCAUUCCGAUGUGAUGCACCUAUCUGAUGACACAACCAGGCUAAAGCUUUUCAUGGAUGUCCUGGAUGGAACUAAAGCAGCUUUAAUGAUGCCCUUAUCUACACCAUGUCUACGUCUUGGAUCCAUGAUGGCCACCCUGCUACUCAUCCUCAGUAAACAGUGGAGAAGUGUGGUCGCGGGAGCCCCUGACAUCUUGUCUCCUCUGUCCUUGAUCCUGGAGAGUCUCCAGCAAGCUGAUCAGCACAUGACGGACAGAGUGAAGACAAAGAUCCUCAGUGCUCUAAUUUCUGUGCUGCAGAUACAGGGACUUAAUGGUGGGGAGAUUUCCCAGCUGCCCCAGCUGUUGCUGUCUGUGUGUGAAAUAGUAAAAGACGAGGCCCUGAUGGUCAUGGAUAAUACUCAUCACAUGAACCAGAUGGGCGAGACUCAGGAGGAUGAGGAGAGCAUGGAGACAGACUCUACCCGCGGUCAGCAGAAGGAUCGGAGAGACGGGGUAUGUGUGCUGGCGCUGCAUCUCGCCAAGGAACUGUGUCGAACCGAUGAGGAUGGUGAGCACUGGGUUUCAGUGAUGAGGAAGAUCCCAGUUCUUCCCUCGGUACUCAGUGCUGUCGAGCUCAGCCUGCGUUCAAAAACCAACCUGUAUUUCACAGAGGCUGCGCUUCACCUGCUGCUCACGCUGGCCCACACCCCUCAGGGAGCAGCAGCUGUUGCUGGUGCAGGAGUCAUCCAGACGAUCUGCCUCCCUCUUCUUGGUGUCUAUGAGGUUUCUUCAAACGGCACAUCACAGAAUUCCUCCCGCAAGUCCCAGGAUACCGCCUGCUGGCCAGUGGUGUACCGGCUCUGCAUGUCUCUGAUGGAGAGUCUGCUCAAGACUCUGCGCUACAACUUCAUUAAUGAAGCUCUGGACUUUGUUGGAGUACAUCAAGAGAGAAUACUGCAGUGUCUGAAUGCAGUCCGAACAGUGCAGAGCCUGGUAUGUUUGGACGAGGUGGACCACACAGUUGGCUUCCUGCUGCAGCUGUCGAGCUUCAGUAAAGAGUGGCAGUUUCACUUGCCCAAACUGCUCACGGACAUACAGGUUCACCUGAGCUACCUUUGCCAGACGUGCACAUAUCUCCUCCACAGCAAGAAGAUGCUCCAUCACUACCUCCAGGUUAAAAAUGGCGAGGUGGUACCUUCUGGUGACCUCCCCAGGACACAUCGCCCCCCGCAGAUAGCAUCUAAAGAGGAGGCAGCUGGCGGAGAGCGAGAGGAGGCGAAGCAGAAGGCGCUUUUGGCUGUGCAGUGCAGUCUCCUGAAAAUUCUCAGCAAAACUGUGGCAACUCUGCGGAACUUCACUCCAGACUGCUGCCAGAUUCUCUUGGACCAGUAUAUGGACCUGGCAGAAUACAGAACUCUGUUUGUUCUCAGCUUCACAACACCAGCGUUCGACCCCGACGUCCCUCCUUCAUUUGGAACCUUGUUGGCAACCAUCAACGUAGCCCUGAGCAUGCUGAGUGAUAUGGAGAAGAAAAAAGAGCCGGUCUCACUGACUAUAGCUUCAUUAUCAUCAUCAGACGAGAUCCUAGCGCUGAAGUCACUGCUGACGUUCGCCAUGGAGAACUGUUUCUACAUGCUGACCUCUCAGGCUGUUCGCUGCCUCAAAGAUCCCACCAUCCUUCCUCGAGACAAGCAGAGGCUCAAACAGGAGCUUGGCUCUGAACUGAGCACCCUCCUGUCCAGCCUGUCUCGUCACUAUCGCAGGGGGUCUCCGUCAUCCCCGGCCACACAGUCCAAGCCACCCACACCGGGUUCCAAGGCAAGUCCGGACGGUCAGGAGCCCUUCAUCCAGCUUGUCCAGGCUUUUCUCAGACUUGUACAAAGAUAAUUUAACACAAA